CGCGGAGCCGCCCCUCGCUUGGCGCGCGCGCCGCCUUCUUCCUCGCGCUCCCUCAUGGCGCGUCCUCGGCGCUGCCGGGCGGUGCGGGCGCUGCUGCGGAGCUGCUACGCGGAGCUGCUGCCGCUGGAAGCCUUGGUCGGGCGCCUGCAGGCGGCCGCUCCCCCGGGAGCCCCGCCUCAGCCUCUGCUGCAAGACGGAGACCCCAAAGACUACCGCGCCUUGGUGGAGCGGUGCCUCGUGGGGCGGGCGGCCGGGGCCAGGGCUCCUCCUCCGCUGCUCACCUUUCAGCAGGUAAGGAGGGCGGGAGGGAGGAAAGCCGGCAGGCCCGAGAACGGGCUGGGCUGUGGUCCCAAAUGGCUCCUUUGCUUGGGGAAGCGGGGGGACCACAGGAAGCUCUCCCAGGCCCUGGCACAAGAAAUGCGUAAUGCCAGCAAGUAAAGGGGCCAGGUUUUUAAAAGCAACAGGGCGGCCUCACCUUGAAUAAUAAUAAUAAUAAUAAUAAUUUAUUAUCUAUACCCCGCCCAUUUGGCUGGGCUUCCCCAGCCACUCUGGGCGGCUUCCAAAAAAAUAUUAAAAUACUGUAAUACAGUGGUGCCCCGCAAGACGAAUGCCUCGCAAGACGGAAAACCCGCUAGACGAAAGGGUUUUCCAUUUUUGAGUUACUUCGCAGGACAAAUUUCCCUAUGGGCUUGCUUCGCAAGACGAAAAUGUCUUGCGAGUCUUGAGAUUUUUUUUUCGCUUCCCCCCCCCUUUAUCUAAGCAGCUAAGCCUUUAAUAGCCUUUUAGCAGCUAAUCCGCUAAGCCGAUAAGCCUUUAAUAGCCGCUAAACCGCUAAUAGCGCUAAUCCGCUAAGCCGCUAAUAGGGUUGCUUCGCAAGACGAAAAAACCGCUAGACGAAGACACUCGCGGAACGGAUUAAUUUCGUCUUGCGAGGCACCACUGUACAUCAAACAUUUAAAGCUUCCCUAAACAGGGCUGCCUUCAGAUGUCUUCUAAAAGUCUGGUAGUUGUUGUUCUCUUUGACAUCUGGUGAGAGGGCGUUCCACAGGGAGGGCGCCACUACCGAGAAGGCCCUCUGCCUGGUUCCCUGUAGCUUGGCUUCUCGCAGUGAGGGAACCACCAGAAGGCCCUCGGUGCUGGACCUCAGUGUCCAGGCAGAACGAUGGGGGUUCAGGCCACAUUUAGGUAAAAGUAAAGGGACCCUUUGGCGCUGUGGGUUAAACCACAGAGCCUAGGACUUGCCGAUCAGAGGGUCGGCGGUUCGAAUCCCUGUGACGGGGUGAGCUCCUGUUGCUCGGUCCCUGCUCCUGCAAACCUAGCAGUUCGAAAGCAGGUCAAUGUGCAAGAAGAUAAAUAGGUACUGCUCCACUUUAUUGGCCGAGGGAGCCGGCGUACAGCUUCCAGGUCAUGUGGCCAGCAUGACUAAGCCGCUUCUGGCGAACCAGAGCAGUGCACGGAAACGCCGUUUACCUUCCCGCUGGAACAGUACCUAUUUAUCUACUUGCACUUUGAUGUGCUUUCGAACUGCUAGGUUGGCAGGAGCAGGGACCAAGUGACGGGAGCUCACCCCGUCGCGGGGAUUCGAACCGCCAACCUUCUGAUCAGCAAGCCCUAGGCUCUGUGGUUUAACCCACAGCGCCCCCCGUGUCCCUCUUGUGCCGGAUUUACGUAUACGCUAAACAAGCUAUAGCUUAGGGCCCCACUCUCUUGGGGGGCCCAAAAAAAUUAAUAGAGACAAAAAACUGGACAUACAUUCCCAAAUUAUGAUAAAAAAACCCAAAUAAAAUAAAACCUACAUACAGCAACAGUGUUUUGUUUUGUGUAGGCUCCCAUGAUGUAAGUAAUGGGCCCCGCCUGUAUUUCACUAUUAAUAUACUUCUUCUUAAUCAUACUUCAGUUGAACAAUUACUUUGAUAAAAUACAUGUUUUGCUAUGUGCAAAUGGCUUCAGAUACCUAUUAGGUCCAUAAGUUACCAUAUAGCAUACAUUCAACACAAAAAACAGCGGCAAUUUGUUGUUGACAAAGGACAGCUGGACAUAUAAAGGGCCCCAUUACCUUCAGUAGCUUAGGGCCUCAUCAAACCUAAAUCCGGCCCUGGACUCGCAGCAGAUGUUGUGGGAGACCCAGCAGACAACAAACAUGGAACCCACACAGUUGAUAAUCUACAAGAGGCCUCUCUUCGGAGGCAUGUUCACAUGCUCGGAAGUCGCAGUUAGCUAUGGCCAUGUCGGCAUUAGUAUCAUCAUUUUAAAAUUUUCUUUACUGCCCUGCAUCUGAAGAUCACAGGGCGGUUUGCAAUAUAAAAAACACAAAAAUACGUACCACAAUAGCAAACGAAAACUCUUCCCCACAAAAAAAGUUUAUUUGAGUUACAAUACACUUCACAACCUGCAUUAUGUUGCACGGAACGCAGCCUCAAGGUAUAUUAGCCACUUCACUUUCAGCGAUUGUAACUUCCCUUUUUCAAAUAUUUGUCUAUGUGAACCAGCCUUUGAUAUCUUUGAAUUGUGCGUUGCUGGUCCAUGCCAACAGGUUUCUGUUUGGCAGGCUCAGCUUAAGUAAUUUCUCUGUAUAAAUUGUGCAAGCAGGCAUCAUUGUGGAGUGCUCGAGUCACAUGUUGGCGGCAUUUGGGGGGGCUGUUUUCUCUUGCGGAACUGUUGUUGUUGUUGUUUAGUCAUUUACUCGUGUCCAACUCUUCAUGACCCCAUGGACCAGAGCACGCCAGGCACUUCUGUCUUCCACUGCCUCCCGCAGUUUGGUCAAACUCAUGCUGGUAGCUUCGAGAACACUGUCCAACCAUCUCGUCCUCUGUCGUCCCCUUCUCCUUGUGCCCUCCAUCUUUCCCAACAUCAGGGUCUUUUCCAGGAGUCUUCUCUUCUCAUGAGGUGGCCAAAGUAUUGGAGCCUCAGCUUCAGGAUCUGUCCUUCCAGUGAGCACUCAGGGCUGAUUUCCUUCAGAAUGGAGAGGUUUGAUCUUCUUGCAGUCCACGGGACUCUCAAGAGUCUCCUCCAGCACCAUAAUUCAAAAGCAUCAAUUCUUCGGCGAUAAGCCUUCUUUAUGGCCCAGCUUUCACUUCCAUACAUCACUACUGGGAAAACCAUAGCUUUUACCACACAGUAAUACCCAGUUUGUUUGGCUCUUUCAGGCACCUGCUAAUGAAAAUGUUGCUUUUUUUUUUGCUGCAUUUGCAGGUAUCCAGUCAGGAGGAUGUCGUGGCAAGAGUCGUUCAGAGAAUCUGUGAAAAGAAGAAAAAGAAUGUCCUGUCGUUUGGCUACGGACCCUCGAACGAGAAUAACCGCCAUCUGCCCUGCAUGCCAAAUAUCUGCAGCUACCAGCGUAAUAGCACAACAGAAACCAUUCGCCAAAGUGUUCUCUGGGAAAUAGUCCUGAGCAGAGUUGGAGAUGAUGUCAUGAUGUACGUAUUGGAGCACUGUUCUCUUUUCAUGCUCGUGCCUCCCAGUUGCUGUUACCAAAUUUGCGGCCAACCCAUCUACGAACUUGCUUUAAGAAGCGCAAAAACCUCUCCUGCGUUCUUCAGACAGAGAUAUCCCAGGCCGGCACCCAGCGUCUUAUCUAGCUACCUGCGAGGAAGGCUUCGGCCUUUUGGGAAAUACCUUGCGAAGGCAAACAGGGGGAAAGUGAACUCUAGGAAGCAAAGAUGGCGCAGAUCACAAGAAGGUGUAGGCGGUGACUCCCAGCAGCCUUUGAAGGUUCAGAGAGCUGCCGGGCUGAGCCCUACAGCGAAUGAACUGGUUACAAGGUCCAGUGACUACCUAGAGGACCAGCCAAGCCCCAAACACUGCCUGUGUUUAACAGCACCGCCUCGUAAAAGGAAAUGGAAGGACUGUUAUGAAAUUAGCGCUAAGAGAAAGAAAACCACGCAGACGGACGAGGGGCUGGGAGGAGAAACAAGAAACCCAGUUCCCACUGAAAGCAAAAAACAAAUAAUUCUGGAUGGUGGUGGGGGUGCAUCUAGAGGGUGUGUAAGUCCAAUUUCAGAGGAGCAGAUAGUUUUCGUGAAGCCUGUUGCUCAGAGAAGUGAACUUGGAGCACAAACCUUGGAUUGCACAGCUCCUGAUAAUUCAGAGGUUUUUUCGUGUGGUCCUGCACGAAGUACGGAGAGCAAAACGCUGUGUGGAUCUAGUACCAAAACAAAACCUCGCACUUCGGUGCCAAAGGUAGAACCUAGCAUUUCUGAUUAUUGCUCAGUAAAGCUUGUGAACGCUGCUGCUACAGACAGAGGCCUAAGAACAUCCAAGCCAGCUCAGGAGUUUUCUGAUAGGAUUUCUACUCCUGCCGUGCAGAUUGAAAGGCGCUCCCUCUUGUAUUCUUGCCGGCAGUUGAAAGAGCGUCUACCUAAAUCAUUUGUGCUGAACCGCUUAAAGGGCUAUCCGGCAGGCGGAUGGCGGCUUGUGGAAGCCAUAUUUUUGAACAGCAAGAUUCCAAAGCAGCCGGGCGAAUCAAGUCUUCCAGGUUACAAUAGGAAGAAGAAGCGACUUCCAAAACGCUACUGGCAGAUGAGAGGCGUAUUCCAGGAACUGUUGCGGAACCACACAAAGUGUCCUUACGUAACAGUGUUAAGAAAUAAUUGUCCCAUUUGGAAGUUGGACAAAAUUGGCCCAGGAAGACAGAGUUGCGAGCAAAACGUCUGUCGAGAGGGUCAAAGCUUGCCAAAGAAAUGGCAGGCGAACGUCACAGAAAAUUGCCCAAGAAGGGUAUCGGGUGUUUUGGGUCCAUUCUCAGGUGCUUCCUGUAGAAGCUUUGAAAAAGCUGAGUUGCAUCAAAAAAGAACUGAAAUGCGAGCUCCCCAAGUCUCCCCCAGUUCUGACGUCACAGUGUUCCUUAAGCAACAUAGCAGCCACUGGCAAGUGUACACUUUUGUGAGGGGCUGUCUGGAGAGAGUGGUCCCUGCUGUACUCUGGGGCUCAAACCAUAACAAAUGCCGCUUCUACAAGAAUGUAAAGCAGUUUAUCUCUCUGGGGAAGUUUUCCACGUUUUCGUUACGGGAGCUGAUGUGGAAAAUGAGAGUCAACGAUUGCGCUUGGCUUCGUCUGACCAAAGGUAUGGACUGUGGUUAUUAAGAUGAAAGCAGCAUCCCCUGAAAGUGGCUUUGUUUUUAGACUGUCCUUCCUCAUGUCAACAUAGCAGGAUAAUUUCCAACCUAGUGCGAAAUGCAGUCCUGCAGGGAUAACCUACAUCAGGCACGUCCAACAGGUAGAUCGCGGGAUGUUCCUGGUAGAUCCUGGCGGAUUUCUGGCCCCUCAGAGAUCUCCUUAUAAAAGGGGGGGACGACGACCCAACUUUGCCUUUCCAAAAAAGCUCCAGAACUUUGGCUUCAUAAAAAAACCUCAACAACUUUGGAUAGAUCACACUGCCAGUUUUUUUUAUCGUGUGAGUAGAUUGCAGUCUAUUGGGAGUUGGACGUCCCUGACCUACAUAAUGCUCUCUGUGUGGUGUUAGAAUAUAGCCCCCAUCAGCCCCAGAAAGCAUGGUCAACGACCAGCGAUUUGAUGGGAGUUGCAGCGCCAUCUGGAAGGACUCAGCGCUGGCUAUCGCUACAAUAAUACACAAAGUGUAUAAAGUUGGUAACUUAGGAGUGUAAUGUGUUGGGCAACCAUCCAUUGCAUCCCAGCACAAUUCUGUUAUCUGAGAGAUAUACGUUGAUGCUGUUUUAUUCAGAUACAUUUUGUGGGACGUCCUUUUGGAAAAAAGUGAUGAGUAGAACUAAAAUAACCCAUGAGACAUCCCUUCCUGUCCAAGUUACACAUGCUUUUCUAGGCUUGAGCCCAGUGAAGUAGGCUCUGUCAAAAGGCCACCAAACCAUUGUUCUCAAAGCUAGCUUGGCCGCAAAAAGUAUCAUCAUUCUACGAAGUUGGAAAUCAAUCGUAUCUUCCCAGUGUUGAGGAUUCUUUUGGGAAACAAUCCCAAAAGAAUGUGACAGAGCUUGGGUUCAGUUUGUGGUUAGUGAGCAGAGAGUUUAACCAUGCAUCCUGGUUUGGAUAGCUCAGUCGGUAGAGCAUAAGACUCUGAAUCUCUGGGUUGUGGGUUCGAGCCCCACGUUGGGCAAAAGAUUCCUGCAUUGCAGGGGGCUGGACUGGAUGACCCUUGUGGUCCCUUCCAACUCUACAGUUCUAUGGUUUAAAACAACCCAGUUAAUAAAUACAAGCAAUAGAGCAGCAGCUUGAGAAUAAUAAAACAAAAGAGUGGUUUUUUUGAGAAUGCUUGGGAGAACAGGAUUAUUUAUACUUGCCAUCUGAAAGCCAGCAAGAAUACUUGCUGUCAGAGUCUCUACAGUCUGAAUUUCUAAGAGCAAGGCGUUCCAGAGUUGGGAGUGGGGGGAAAUAGCGAUGGCACUCUCAUAGCAAGCCUAGCUAUAACCAGAAUCACUCAGAAUAGGAUGCUGAUAUUCUCUAGCAGAUUUCAGCCUUGCAAAUAAGUCUGCGGAAUUUACUAGCCCGCAAAUAUUUUAAUAUGCUGGCCUGAAUGGUGUGAUUUUGUGUGUGUGAUACUCAAAUGGUGUCGUGGCCCAGAAGACAAGUCUGCGCCGCCACCCUUGCCAGAUCCUGUGCUUCCAAGGGAAGAAAUUGGCAUUCCUACUACAUGGCCAAGUGUGCGUAUGAGAGGGGACAGAUCUUGCCAUGCCUGUUUCAUAAUGUAGCAGAAGAAGAAGAAGAAGAGUUUGGAUUUGAUAUCCCGCCUUUCACUCCCUUUAAGGAGUCUCAAAGCGGCUAACAUUCUCCUUUCCCUUCCUCCCCCACAACAAACACUCUGUGAGGUGAGUGAGGCUGAGAGACUUCAGAGAAGUGUGACUGGCCCAAGGUCACCCAGCAGCUGCAUGUGGAGGAGUGGGGAAUCGAACCCGGUUCCCCAGAUUAUGAGAAUACCGCUCUUAACCACUACACCACACUGGCUCUCUAGCAGCAGCAGAAAUGUCUGUUGGUGUUUCCAGCUGUGUGUUUUCACAUGGAGGAACCCAUCUUUGUAAAAUGUUAGCCUAUACUUUGGUCGUGGUGACAACUUUUUUUAGAAAGCUCUUUCUAGACUUAAUCGUCAAUAAACCCGAAAUUCUGCUUAUAGAACUCAGGCGUUUUGUUCCUGCCUCCGAACACCGUUUCCGUGAAGAUCUGAUGUCCAAAUUCCUGUACUGGCUGAUGAACUCCUUCGUUGCAGAACUGCUGCGAUCUUUCUUCUAUAUCACGGAGACUAUGUUUCAAAAGAACAUGCUUUUUUACUUCAGAAAGGCUGUUUGGAGAAAGUUGCAGAGGAUUGGCAUUAGGUAUAUAUUACUUGAAGCACCGUAAUUUGUAUCCUGCGCAAGGGGGGUGGAAAUGUGUGCUCCCUUUGCACAGUCUCUCAUACCUUCCUCUGGGAAGAUACCAUUUGAAAAGGGUCCUAUUUGCACUGCACAUUUAAUUAUAUUAUGCCACUUUAAUCCAUCAUGGCUUCCCCCAGAGAAUCGUGGGAAGUGUAGUUUGUUAAGGGUUCUGUGAGUUGUUCAGAGAUCCCUAUUCCCCUCACAGAGCUACAGUUCCCAGAGGGGUUAAAAAGUCAGUCCCUCUCUGCGAGGGAGGCUAGGCGGUCUCCUAACAACUUUCUGCACUGUUAAACUACAUAUUCAACAUAAAUAUGGGAAGUUUUUAAUGUUUAAUGCUGUAUUGUGAUUUUAAUAUUCAGUUGGGAGCCGCCCAGAGUGACUGGGGAAACCCAGCCGGAUGGGUGGGGUAUAAAUAAUAAAUUAUUAUUAUAUUAUUAUUUUAAACAACUGUUUAAAGCAGUAUGAUACUGCUUUAAACGUGUCAUGCAGACGAGGUCUAGGACUCUGGACCUUUCAAAUGUAGCUCACUGAUUUGAGUGUUGCCGUUUUGAGGGGGUGGGGGAGGUCAGAUGAACCACACGUACCAAAAAGGUUGAGAGCAUAUGUGUGAGGUGUCACAGGCUAUUUAUGCCCCUGAUGUGCCAAAUUGGUGUGCUAUCAUCCAGAAAUAUUGAGAUAUUGCAAAGGUCUCUAAGUUCAUACUGGUGCGCAGGUGUGCGAGCGAGCCUACACAGCUUCUCCACGUGAGGAUUGUGGUUGAGCCAGGAUCCCACUUGUGUGAUGUGCUCUAGUGUGUACAUUGGGAAUGUAUCCAACCCACAGCACCUUCCAGAACCCUCUGAAAGCGCAGAUGGGGACCUGCCCCCUGGCACAUUGGGCCAUUGAAUUGCAAGACCACGUCUCAGACACACACACAGAGCCGUUGGUGUUUUUUUUAAUUGAACCUGAGCUUCAAAGUUUCUCUGAUGAGAUUUAUGUCCUAGCAUUGUUCAUGAAGACAAAGUGGAAAACCAGAUGUCCUGGGUAGUCUUGCCUCUCUCUCCUCUAUACAGUGGUACCUUGGGUUACGUUACCUUUGGGUAACAUAACUUUCGGGUUGCGAACACAGAAUGCGCAGAAGCAGCGCCUCUCGUUGUGGACUUUUCAGGUUGCGCACGGACCCCUGGAAUGAAUUAAGUUCGUAUCAGGAGGGUCCACUGUACAGUGGUACCUCGGGUUACAAACGCUUCAGGUUACAGACUCCGCUAACCCGGAAGUAGUACCUUAAGAACUUUACCUCAGGAUAAGAACAGAAAUCACACGGGGGCGGCAGUGGGAGGCCCCAUUAGCUAAAGCGGCACCUCAGGUUAAGAACAGUUUCAGGUUAAGAACAGACCUCCGGAACGAAUUAAGUUCUUAACCAGAGGUACCACUGUAUUAACAUUAGACCACAUGGCUUGCUGUGCUUCCAAGACAAGCAAAGACACACAUCUUCCCAAUUUCCAGUUGGUUGAAAUAAUCUGUUCUAAAUGACCCACUUCAAAGAAUACUCAGAUGGCAGGCUCUGUUCUCAACAGAGUAAUUCAUACAGGGCUUCCCCGUCUCCAGCCAGAACUCACCAGAACUCAGUUCCGGCACCUCUCAAGUGGGCGCCAUUACCAUUGUAGGAGAGCAAUGGUGGCGCUCACGGUGAGUUCCGGCACCUUUUUUUCUAGCAAAAUAGCACUGAUUGUACGGAAGCAAAACUCGAGGGGAAUUUUGUGAUCUGCUUUGUAGUCUGUUGUAAAAGAAUAAUGUUCCUUUCCACUUUAGAAGUCAUCUGGCCAAAGUGCAGCUCCGCGCCUUAUCAAAGGAGGAGAUUGAAAUUCUGCAGCAGAAAAAGUGUGUCCCCCUGGCAGCGAAACUCCGGUUCAUCCCCAAAGCGAAUGGGCUGCGUCCCGUGGUCAGCCUGAAUGACGUUGUAGGAGCUGAAGCAUUCUGUAGAAAGAGCAGAGACCAAAAGGUUCUUAUUUUCCAGUUGCAUAGUGUGAAGUUGAUUCAGUGAGCAAAUGUUGUCUUUAUCAUCUUUGUAGCCCUCUUCUGAAUCCCAUCCCCAAAUAAUAAUAAUAUUUGGGCAGCUUCCAACAAGAGAGUAAAAAUACAUUAAAACAUCAGUCAUUAGAAACUUCCCUAAACAAGGCUAAAUCCUAUUCCUACAUCCUUCUUAAAUGCAGCAUGCGUCCUUUCCAAGAACUCUUCAUUUUCUCCCUUUGCUAGUUGCCUUCUCUUCCAAGAGAUCAGUCAACUUGGACAUGUAUGAGAAUGCUUUGUCCUUUGUGAAACACUAACGCCCCCUAAUUUCUCUCUCUCUUUAAUUUUCUCCUAGGUUCAGUACUUCAACAAACAACUUAAAAACUUAUUUAGUGUCCUUAGUUAUGAAAGCACCAAGAACCCCAUCUUGCUUGGCUCUUCUGUGUUUGGGAAAGAUGAUACUUACGCAAUAUGGAAGAAGUUUGUUUUGAAGGUUUUAGAGUCAAACUCUGAAAUGCCGAGAUUCUACUUUGUGAAGGUAACGCUUAGUGUCUCCAUUGGGUCUGGAUGUUUUCCAUUUCUUGAAAGUGGACAGAACCGAGGAUUUUUCUUUGCUUAAGGCUGUAGUACUGUGACCAAGCUCUGUUGAACCCAAUGGCAUGUAGGUCUGAAUAAACAUGCACUGGGAAUCAGGAAUAUUUCAUAAGCUGGGGUCUGUGGCCCCAGUUGCUCAGUUUUGUAACACUGAUGGGAUUGAGCUGUUUACUUCUUUCUCUUCACUCCUGGUAAUCAAACCUGUAAGGAAGGAUGGGGCUCUGUAAUAUCUCAAGAAAGAACAGUUGUAACUGGAGUUGGUUUCAUACUUGGGUUGGGAUAGAAUUCACACUAGGCUUCCAAGUUUUGCCCUGCGCAGAACUGAGGUCGAUUCAGGGGUUGUUAACUUGAGUCAGCAGAGACCAGUCACGUUACAGAAGGUUUUUGGUUUGCCGAAACGUGUCAACCCCCAAAAGGCUGCCAUUGAAUGACAUAUAUAGUCUUAUCCACUCUUCAACACACUCACAUUAUCUCUCGUACACGGACACAUCACAUUGUCUCUCAUGCACACACGCAUUCUUUCUCUCACCUGCGAGUCCUCCAUCUGCAACAUGUACGAAGCAAAGUUUACGGAGAAACUCCAGCAGCAAGGAGCCUUUGCAGAACCCAGCAAAUUUCUUGGUUCUUUGCAGAUUCCAGCCAAGGAUUUGGAAGUUUUACAGGUAUCCAUCCCCCACUCCAGUUCCAGGGCUCUUGCCUCUCAGCUGCUCACCCCUAGUUUGUUGAAAUUUCUAUUAAAACCCUCCUGAAAUCUACAGUCCACAUCCCCUGUUGAAGCUAAGCAUGUGUUACUGAGCAGAAUAUAGGUUUGUCCUCUGUUACCCUCAUCCCUGUCUUUUCUUCCUCCCUCUGUUCCCUUUCCCUGCACUGAAGUUUAGUCUGUAAGCUCCUCAGGGCAGCAGCCUAUCCUGUUUGUAAACACAUUAUUGCUGAUGUUAUCAUUAUCCCUUGCAGAAUACAUCUGUACCGGUUAGCAAAUGCCCUUGCGUUGCAAGUUCUUUGCUUUGUGUGAUAUCUGAUGCACGGUUGAAAGUUUAAAAUAAUGGAAUUUAUUCUCUCCCCCCACCCCGUUCUCUUUCAGGCUGAUGUCACAGGGGCUUACGAUACCAUUCCCCAUGAUAAACUGAUAGAAGUAAUUUCACAAGUCCUUGCUCUGGAGAGAGAGACCCGUUACAACGUACGCCGCUAUGCAGUGAUCAUGAGGACCAGAAAUGGACUUAAGAGAAUAUGCUACAGGAGACACGUAGGGCGGAUCUUUUUCUUUCUCUCACCCCCAUUUUCUGUUCUCUGAUAAGUAUAACAACCGUGGGAACUCUGUAACGUCUUUGUAAAUAUUCCAUGGAAAGGCUAUCCAACGAAUACCAUCCUUAAGGCCAGAAAGCAACACAUUUUGAAAUGUCCUGCCUGCAUGCUGAGCUUUUGCAGGAUAUAGAAGACCUCAGCAUCGUGCUCCUGCAAAAGUCAGACCUGGAAGAGGAUCCUUGUGCUGGGCAUGCAAGAUCCGCAAGCAAGCAGGUUUAUAGAGCCCUGUUCAAAAUAGUUGAGCCAUAUCCCUGUUCCAGAGGUGAAUUCAGCUGUUCUUAGCUAGGUGGCAGUGCCUGCGUUUGAGACUGCUCCUGGGCUGACCACUUCGUUGAUUUUGAAGUAGCCUGGCAUCAGGUGGUAUCGUUGGUGGCAGAGAGGCUGUGCCCUAGCUUUUGCAGGGUUUUUAAUUUAUUUUACACCAUGGAAAUGCAUAUCUGCUGAAUAGCCCAGGAUUUUAAAAUUGUAAUGUUUCUUCUGAGUGCACCAAGAGCUUCGUAGUUCUUAUUUAUUGAUUACCACAGAAAAGAAGGGAGGUAGUAUGGGCUGAGGAGCACAUGCUAGCAGCUCCUGGGAGAAAUGUGGGGCAGCCCUUGCCCGAACCCUUGGGAGAAGCUGGGGGGGGGGGGGGAGAGAUGCCAGGAAGUAGAGUGGUCUUCUGCCUGCCUCCUUCCACAUUCUCUUCUCUCAAUCCAGCUCCUUGUAAUUGUUAACCCUGACAUUUUUACUAUGCUGGAGGUCAACUCAAAAAUGUCUCAGUCUGGAUGUUGUUUGCAGGUAUCUGUUUCCAGUGAGUUUAAGCCUGAUAUGAAACAGUUUCUGUGUCAUCUUCAAGAGAGCACCUCACUGCGGAAUGCAGUAAUAGUUGAGCAGGUAAGCUUCUGUGUACCAUUCCGUUUAACUAGGGAGGCUGAGAUUGAAAGAGGAUUUCCUAAGGCUGCCCCAUUGGUGUGUUUUGAGGUCCCAAGCUGUAGGCAAACCUUGCGAUUGGUUGUCUCUCUCUCUCUUACACACACACACACUUCAUCAUUUUUUUUACUUUCUCUUGCCAUGCCGUCUGAACUUGUCAAACCGUAGUAAAUCUUAACUAUGGUUUGGGUAAACCCCAGUUUAAAGUUUGGGUGACAUGCUAAAAUGUAGCUUUGCCAGCAGCAAACAUGUGGGGCGAGGGAAGCAUUCAAUCCCAAGGCUCACUUAGACUUCUUCACCUUACAAUAAACCAUAGUUGUUCAAUAAACCAUAGUUUCUUUUAAUACCUGCUGAGUUCAGGACAGCCAAUAAAUUCAUGGCAGAGGCAAGAUUUGAGCAGUAGACUGCCUCAGUCAUAACUCCUUCAGUUAGGCUGCAAUCCUAAACCCACUGCAUCCAGUAGGAUUUACCUCUGAGUAAAUAUUCAUAGGUUUGUACUAUUAGUCACUGCAUUUUACCAUUUCUGAAGAUGAGAUUAACUUCAAGACGAUAUAUUCAUUUGGGGUUGACGCUAGUAUUUGCAUUCCUAUUUAGAGGUUGCCCACAUCUUGCAUUGUGCAGUUUUCACUUUUAAUAUUUUAAUCCCUCUUACCACAAUCCUGCAGUCUGAGCUUUCCAUAUCUUGGUGCACAAGGGAGAAUUCUGAAAGGGGCAAUGUUAGCAGCUUUAAAAGAGGGGAUUUUGUAAAGCUCUGUUUAAAAUAUGCCCAAGGGAAAAUUGUACGGAGCCUUAGUUUGCUCAGCUAUACUGAGCCACACAUGUUUCUCCUUUCGAAUAACAUCAUCAAAUGCCACGUUAAUUCGCUGCAUCCAUUCCACUCCGUGACUUCUCAAUUUAGCCUUUUAGUUUCCCAGUUUGAGUGCAUGUCUUUGCCACUUCCCGCCAGUAGAUGGUGCUGACAGACAUCCUUGUUUGAGGGAAAUCCUUCACUGUUAAGCUUAACAUUUUACAACUGGGUCUUCUGUUCGUAUGGUGCCAGCUUCACUGGCACUUGGCUCUUAGCUGUUUACUCUGGGCAUGCUUUAUAAGCACACCUGACCUCAGAGCAGGCAUAGGUGUUAACAUGCUAAUAUUAGGCCAAAUAUCAUAAGCCAAAGUAGACAAAGUUCAAACUUCUACUUUUGCUUUUUCUUCUUUCAGGGUGUCUCUUUGAGGGAAAACAAAUCCAGCCUCUAUGAGUUCUUCUUGCAGUUGAUCCACCAUAGCAUUCUGAAAAUUGAGAAGAGGUAAAGUCUCUUUUAUUAUCAUUGGUUACAUGAACUUUUCAGGUACCAAAAUGUAUUAGCCUGAUGGCACACGGCUCACCCCAGCAAACCAUGAAUGGUAAACCAAAAGCAGACCUUAUCUUCCUGAUUUUUAGUUUUCUUGGUGGGGUGGAUGGGGCACAAACUGUGAAGACUGCUUCAGACACAACCUUAAAACCAUGGUUUAUUUACCUGCUCAAGGUAGGAGGGAGGAGUUUUUAAGUUGAGUUCACAGACUACUUUACCAAAUUGUAGGUUUUUAGCCAGCAUUGCUUCUGAAUGCAGCCAGUUGGCUGAGGUAAUUUCUGAAUUCAGAAUAAAACAACGAAGAGUCUUGUAGUUCAUUAAAGACUUAAAAAUUUCAAAGCAUAAGCUUUUGUCUGCUUAUUCAGAAGCUUGUGCCAUAAUAAAUUUGCUACAAUACUCUUAAUUUGCUGCAGCCAAAAUAAUUAAUAUCCCUCUGGAAGCUGAAUCAAGAACGUUGUUCCAAAUCCAAUCUUUCAGAGGAGUCUUAAGCAUUAGUCUGUAUCCGUUUCUUUUAAAGCUUAAAAAAUAAUAAUAAGAGGCUUUCAGAAUGGAGAAGCUAAUGGAAUGGGUUUAGCUGAGUGCCCAAAGGGGAAUUGCAUUCAUUCAAAUUGGUAUCCAUUAAUUUUGCAAGAACAAUCAAGUGUUUGGCAGAAUCUUUUCAGCAAAAUUAAUUGACUCCCCCUGCUUUCAUAAUUAUGAUAAGCCAUGUAAGCUGUUUCUUUGCAUUGAUCAGGUGGACGUUGGUAUCUUCAAAGACAGAGUUUGGGUUCAAGAAGAUCAUUUUCCCUUUGUGUAUUUCCUGUUCUCAUGAGAGUCUGACUUCUGUAGGUGGACUACAGUCAUCCAAUGACGUGGUGUUGUUGUUUUUAAGCACUCUUCACACGAUCAGGCCCACUCCUCUUAUCACUUCAUAUGUUCCAGGGUUGACGGUUGCCAUUCAGAACUAGUUCCAGGCCUCAUAUCUCUUCCCCAGGCCCGGGUGGUCUACACUUUGUCUGCGUUGGGUCCAAAGAACUACUGUGGCUCCAAGGUGGCCCUCAAUAGAGCGUCUCAUCAGUACAGGGGAUGGCUCGCUCAAUAAAUGAGUACAACUGCUUGCUUUGUUAACCUGCAACCAUUUUUUUCAGGGCUGACCCUGACCCCUUUCAGAUCCCUUCCUUUAUGGAGACCUCUGCUGAGUCUGUUAGACUGUUGUCGGACUAACAAAUAUAUUGCUCAGACACAAGGGAUUCUGCGAAGCAUUUGUAGAAGCAUAUGAUGGAUUUGCCGUUUGGUUGAUAAGUUAUUUUUGCUAAAACUAUUGACUUUGGGCACAAAAGAGCCAUGAAUAUUUUGGAAUUCGCUGGAAAAUUCUAAAGCUCUUGGAUGAAUAUCUGAGGGUGCCGGCGGCAUGUGCUAGACAAAUAAGCUAUCGCCAAUAUACACAGCGCUGACUGCGUGUUUGAAGGGUAGAGUUACGUAAGUGAUCAAAGCUGACAAGGAGGAAAGAUCAAAGUCUUGUCUGAAUGCCCCUUCUUCUCUCUCUGUGAAUGCUUUCAUUUCAGUGCCGUGUUGAAUGCAGACUAAUGUAGCAUUUCAUAAGACUCUGCAAAGUGUAUUUUUAUUGUAAAUCCAUACAGCUGAGAAGUACAGAAGUGACCGGCAUCACUUUGAGAGCAGCCUCAGAAUAUGCGGGAUACUUUUUCAUUUCUGUAUGCGAUGAACCAUUGAUCUGUAGACCUGUCUAGUUCUGCACUUUGGAUGUGGGCUUUCCUAGUCCCAGUGCCAGAGAGACACCUAACAGAAGAUUCUGGGAACAGGGGACCUCGUACAAACGAAGCAUGUGUCCUGCCCAGUCUAUCCAGACUGAGGACUCCCAUUUGGGCAAUGCCAUUUUGGUUGUCAUUUCUCUCCUGGAGUCCACAAGGGCCCUGGGGCUUGAGAAUUACUAGCUAGUAACAGAGAGAGAUAAAACAGAGAGAGGAUGCGGGUGGCACUGUGGGUUAAACCACAGAGCCUAGGACUUGCCGAUCAGAAGGUCGGUGGUUUGAAUCCCCUCAAUGGGGUGAGCUCCUGUUGCUCAGUCCCUGCUCCUGCCAACCUAGCAGUUCGAAAGCACAUCAAAGUGCAAGUAGAUAAAUAGGUACCGCUCCAGCGGGAAGGUAAACGGCGUUUCCAUGUGCUGCUCUGGUUCGCCAGAAGCGGCUUAGUCAUGCUGGCCACAUGACCUGGAAGCUGUAUGCCGGCUCCCUCGGCCAAUAAAGCGAGAUGAGCGCUGCAACCCCAGAGUCGGCCACAACUGGACCUAAGGGUCAGGGGUCCCUUUACCUUUACCUUAACAGAGAGAGAAUCCAGAAUGUUCUCUCUGUGUGUUUUAUUGCAGUGUGUUUUUGUUUCAUUUUAACACGGGGGACCAUAUUUCAAAUGCGAUCUUCCGCCCCAUGCCUCCACUUGGUUUCUGAAAUACAGGCAACUCCCAAGUUUACGUGGAGAUUUUGUUCUAUACCUCCGGGCUUGUAACUAAAAUCGUGUAUAUUGGGAGCACCCUGGAGAGUCCUCCUGGCUUGCAAGGAGAGCCUCUCCGGAGCCCAGGGAGAAUGUCCCAAUAUACAUGAUUUCAGUUACAAGCCCGGAGGUGCAGCAGGGAAUCUGCCCUGCUGUUUCUUGUGGGGAGGGUGUCACGGGGUGUCCUUGUUUGCAGGGUUUGGUGGGCUCAUGAGCCAGCAUGCCCUGGUAUUUCAUAAUAAUAAUAAUUUAUUAUUUUUCCCCCAGCCACUCUGGGCGGCUUCCAACAGAAUAUUUAAAACACGAUAAAACAUCAAACAUAAAAAAACUUCCCUAAACAGGGCUGCCUUCAGAUGUCUUAUAAAAGUCAGAUAGUUGUUUAUUUCCUUGACACCUGAUGGGAGGGCGUUCCACAGGGCGGGUGCCACUACCAAUAAGGCCCUCUGCCUGGUUCCCUGUAACCUCACUGAGUAAGAUGCUGGGAAUUGUCAGCUGAUGAGGGAAGAGGCAAGUCAUGAGGUAGGCUGAGGCCCCAGCCAAGAAUCAUGGAGUCCACCCUUGUAUUUAAAAAUGUAUUGCAUCAUUUUUUAAUUUUUUUAAAAAAUGCAUUAGAAGAAAAAAGAAAUUGCAUGCGUAGGCUGGCCAUGUUCUGGCAGCAACGGACAUCUCAUUCGUGUCAGCUUUCAGCAUUUGUGAUGGCGAAUUUUUGUUCCCUGAUAUUUGCUAGGUACUAUGCCCAGCGCUGUGGAAUCCCCCAGGGCUGCAUCUUGUCAACUCUGCUAUGCAACCUCUGCUAUGGAGACAUGGAGGACAAGUUGCUGCAUGGUGUGCAGAGAGAUGGGUAUGGUAAUAUUCUUCUACCUGCUAUAUAAUAGUUGCUCCUGUGUUCUCAAAAAAGGUUCAUAGAUAUUCUGCAUCAGUUGUUCAAGCUUCUACCAGGGAAGACCAACAAGGAUGGAAAGGGCAUGACGAAGCAAGUGGGUAAAGUUGAAAUGUGGAAACGGUCUGUGCCAAGGUUUUGAGUAUAAACUAGCAAGCAACACGGGGAACUGCAGUUCUUUGGCAGUGUCUGGGAAUCUGACGUAGAUUUCCUUGGACCAGCAGUCCACAUAGAUUGUGACCUGUAGUGACUUGGUGUCAGGCUUUGGGGAAUCCUAUCCCUCCCAUGGUGGCAGCAAAGAAGCAGAUGAAAACAAGAAGAUCUCUUACCAAUUAGUUUAUUCAGUAAUCAUAGCGAAAGACAAAGGUCUCUCUCUAGAAAAUGGCAUUGCUCCGAGUAAAGCCCGACCCCCAUGUAAAGAAAAGGAAGGUACUUUCUAUCAUAUGUGGUGGACUUGCUCCAAGGUAAAAGACUUCUGGGGAAAAAUCUAUAAUGAACUAAAAAAAGAAGAUGAAAUACACUUUUAUGAAGAAACCAGAGGCCUUUCUCCUUGGAAUAACAGGUUCUGAACUGCCCAAAAAAGAUGUAAAAGUAUUUCUGUAUGCCACAACUGCUGCAUGGAUUUUACUAGCCAAAAAAUGGAAAACACAAGAAUGGUAAAACACAAGAAUGGUAAAAGAAUGGCAGAUGAAGAUGAUGGAGUUUAUUGAGCUGGCUGAUAUCACUGGGAGAAUCCGCGACCAGAAAGAAGAGGAACACCAAGAAGAUUGGAAGAAAUUCAAAGACUAUUUGAAUAAAUAUUGUAAUAUUAAAGAUAUGUAAUCACUUGAAAGAAUCAUUUAGGCCUAGGAUUAAAUUGGGAUUAAAUAUAUAAAUAAGAAAAUGUACCAAAAGAAAAGUAAGGAAAUAUGAUUAUGACUGUGAUAUGGUUCAUGAAAUAAUGAUAUUGGAAACUGCUAUAUAUAAUUACUAAGAAAUUCAGAUGGAAGAGAUUUGAGGAAGCCAAAUAAUAUGUUUAGGAAGAUGAAUCUUAAUUAAUUAAUUAAGUGUUAGUCAAGUGAUGAUUUGUGGUAUUGUUUGUUUUAUAUUCUUUUUUUUUUCCUGUUUCAUUCUUUUUCCUUUAUUAUUGUCAACUUUUUCUUUUUUGUUGUGUUUAUGUAUGGAAAAUAAUAAAUAUUGUGAUAAAAAAUAAAUAAAGCCCGUCCCCCUCCAUCUCCCUUAUCCUACGUUAUCCCUGUGCCAGCUGAUCUGAGCUUUCUGCCGCUGAGCUUUCUGUUCUACUACCCUCAAUGCCCGCCUAGUCCUCGGAGGGGGGUGGGUCAGGAAUGCUCUCCCAAAACACUUGUCAGCUGUCUCUCCCCGGUGCUUCCUCUUCUUCCUGCUGUUCCUCUCCCAAUAUUUCCCAGCUUUCCCCCUCUGCAGCCUCUGAACUAUGUCCUUCUGCCAACCACUGUUCUAAAUCUAUACUGUCCUCCUGUUCUCAGGAAGGUUAAGGAGAAGGGGGGAACACCAUUCCUCCUCAGUCCAGCCCCUGACACUUGGUUGCCCAGUGGUGUAAGUUUUUCACCCAUUACAGGAAACGUGAACUUGUUUUACGUCAAACAUGAGCAGCCCCAAGUCCUCAGUAAACUGCCGGGUGGAACUACAAUCGUAGAAUCAUAGAAUCAUAGAAUCAUAGAGUUGGAAGAGACCACAAGGGCCAUCGAGUCCAACCCCCUGCCAAGCAGGAAACACCACCAGAGCACUCCUGACAUAUGGUUGUCAAGCCUCUGCUUAAAGACCUCCAAAGAAGGAGACUCCACCACACUCCUUGGCAGCAAAUUCCACUGUCGAACAGCUCUUACUGUCAGGAAGUUCUUCCUAAUGUUUAGGUGGAAUCUUCUUUCUUGUAGUUUGGAUCCAUUGCUCCGUGUCCGCUUCUCUGGAGCAGCAGAAAACAACCUUUCUCCCUCCUCUAUGUGACAUCCUUUUAUAUAUUUGAACAUGGCUAUCAUAUCACCCCUUAACCUCCUCUUCUCCAGGCUAAACAUGCCCACCUCCCUUAGCCGUUCCUCAUAAGGCAUCGUUUCCAGGCCUUUGACCAUUUUGGUUGCCCUCCUCUGGACACGUUCCAGUUUGUCAGUGUCCUUCUUGAACUGUGGUGCCCAGAACUGGACACAGUACUCCAGGUGCGGUCUGACCAGAGCAGAAUACAGUGGCACUAUUACUUCCCUUGAUCUAGAUGCUAUACUCCUAUUGAUGCAGCCUAGAAUUGCAUUGGCUUUUUUAGCUGCCGCGUCACACUGUUGGCUCAUGUCAAGUUGGUGGUCAACCAAGACUCCUAGAUCCUUUUCACAUGUACUGCUCUCAAGCCAGGUGUCACCCAUCUUGUAUUUGUAUUUCGUACCUGGAACUCAAACCUUUUGGCUCCUGAACGCCGCAAACCCGGAAGUGAUUGUUCCAGUUUGCGAACGUUCUUUUUGAACCUGAACGUCAGAUGGGGCUUCCGGUUGGCUGCAGGAGCUUCCUGCAGCCAUUCAGAGGCCGCAAUUUGGUUUUCGAACAUUUUGGAAGCCGAACUGACUUCCAGAACGGGCUCUGUUCGACUUCCAAGGUACAACUGUACCCCGAUUUCUCCUCGUGUUAAAAAAAAAAAAAGUAUGCUCUUACUGUAUAUUUUAUGAUUUGGAAUUUAUAUUUAAGCAUUUUUAGUUGCAUUUUGGUAAUGUAUGUGGUGCUUCAUAAACUGCUUUGAUGCUAUUGCCAAGAAGCAGUGUACAGUGGUACCUCGGGUAACGUACGCUUCAGGUUACAGACUCCGCUAACCCAGAAAUAGUACGGCUUAAGAACUUUGCUUCAGAAUGAGAACAGAAAUCGUGCGGCGGCAGCGCGAGGCCCAUUAGCUAAAGUAAUGCUUCAGGUUAAGAACAGUUUCAGGUUAAGAACGGACCUCCGGAACGAACUAAGUACGUAACCCGAGGUACCACUGUACACAUCAUUCAUUAUCAGUAAUCAUUAUCUCCAUCCAUCCUCAGAUUAACUUUAUGGGAAAGGAAAUCUGGGGGGGGGGGGGGAGAGACAAGCAUCCCCUGCAUUGUCCUGCUUUAAGCGCUCAUAAAAAUGUAAAAUGUUCUUCUAGGUUCAUGUUCUGUGCCCAAUGGCUAAUUAAUAUGCAGAUCUGCUUAUACAGAGAACCAUAGAAUUGUAGAGUUGGAAGGGACCCCGAGGGUCAUCUAGUCCAACCCCCUGAAAUGCAGGAAUCUCGCUAGAUCAUACAUGACAGGUGGCCACCCAACCUCUGCUUAAAAACUUCCAUUGAAAUGAGAUUCCUCUUGUGGGAGCCUGUUCCACUGCCGAACAGCUCUUAAAUAAAUUGGAACGCCACCAACUCAUUUCCCCAAAUGGAUUCAAUAAUAAUAUUGGUAAUAAAAGCAACACUCCUACUUAUCGCAGUGUAAAUUUUUUAUUUUGGCGACGCAGGCCUGUUUUAACAUGUUUUUAAAAUUCAAUUUUCAGGGUGCUGAUGCGAUUGACAGAUGACUUUUUGCUUGCCACGCCUCAUUUGACAGAAGCAAAAGCAUUUUUGAGGUAUGGUCUAAAGUAUGGAAGUUUGAUCAGUUGAGUCUCCUUUGCACAAAGCAAUGGCAAGAAAUCUGCCCUUGUUCUGCUGUUUCUCUUUCGUAUUCUUAGUGAUGAGUUGAUCUUGUAUGUAUAUGCUCCUGUUCCACAAAGGUGCAGAUAAAGCAGUGAAUGUGGUGUUCAUUUCUCCAUUUCCAGAGAACCUUGGCUUUGUGCGUGUGAUUUUAGGCCUGUGAAGACUUGUUUGAAGAAGUAUGUUCAUCGUGCCUGUUGACAUCUUAGCUGCCUCCCCAGCUUCUGAAUAUGGGUCUUGCCCUGAGUAACUCCUUCCUUCUCUCCAUGCCUAUGAACAGGCAUCAUUUACCGUAUUUUUUGCCCUAUAGGAUGCACUUUUCCCCCUCCAAAAAUGAAGGGGAAAUGCGUGUGCGUCCUAUGGGGCGAAUGCAGGCUUUCGCUGAAGCCUGAAGAGCGAGAGGGGUCGGUGUGCACCGGCCCCUCUCCCUCUCCAGGCUUCAGGAAGCUAUCCACAAGCCGUUGGAGCCCAGCGCGAAGUCACGCAGCUCUCCCACGGCUUGUGGAGAGCUGCCUGCAUCCUGAAGCCAGGGGCGCGCUGAGCUCAGCCGCCCCAGGCUUUGAGCUUCGCGCAGCUCUCCGCAAGCCGUGGGAGAGCUGCGCAACUUCGGGCAGAUAUCCGCAAGCCUGGGGAGACCGGCGUGACUUCCUGCCGGGCUCCCUAGGCUUGCGGAUAGCAGCCUGUUCUGGGGGCUGGGGUUGGGGGAAGCUCAGGCUUCCUCUGCCCCAGCCCCGCGCCUGGGGGGGAAUUUUUUUUUUUUCUUUAUUUCCCCCCCCCCAAAAAAACUAGGUGCGCCCUAUGGGGCGAAAAAUACGGUAUAAAGCAUAGGGAAAUAGAUCCAGAAGUUCUAAUACUUUGGCACACAGCCCUGCUUAAAACAAGCAAUUGUAAUGAGGCUUGCAAGAGGGCAAUCUUAAUAAUCCGCUUAAAUUAUUUGCAGCUUAUUUUUGCAAUUAAAAAACCCCAGCCACGUUCUGUCAUAGAACAAAAGCAAGACUGCAGGAGACAGUGUAAAAAUGCAACUGUGUAAAUAACAUUUCUAACCACACAUUCUCAUUAAUUUAGGACUCUGGCCACGGGCGUUCCAGAAUAUGGCUUUGUUAUAAACCCAGGAAAGACAGUAGUGAAUUUUCCAGUUGAUAAAGAUAUCCCGGGAUGUUCAGCGUUCAAACAAUUACCAGCUCGCACUGUAAUCCCAUGGUGUGGAUUGUUAAUUGAUACACAGACCCUUGAAGUUUAUUGUGAUUACUCCAGGUAAAUGAGAAUAAUAUUUACUAUCAUGUCAGGACAGCAUACUGUAAUCAGUGUAGACUAAUCAAUUACAGUUGAUUAAGUUAUUUUAGUUGAUUAGCCAGUGGGGGCUAACUUCACUUAGACCGGUGGACACAAGUUGUGGAGAUCAGUGGGGUGGGUGGGGCUGUAAUGAAAGAAUUGGGAUCCAUUUUUGUGACCUUCUAACAAGUUUCCAGCCUCGUAUUAUUUUUUACCCUGAAUUGCACCACCCUGAAUGACAAACUUACCAGGCCCAGUUGGUUGGGCUGGAAGUAUUUGAGGAGAUUUCACCCCUCCCAUAUCCAAGAAUCUCCUGAGGUGUCUGCUGAUUCUCCAGAGAGGAGGAGGCGUGUUCUGCUCUCUACUUAUUCUGCUCCAGCACCAAAUCAGUCAGUCAGUCAGUGUCGGAGAGAGAGAGAGAGACUGAGUGUUAGAGAUCGCGUGUAGAGAUAAAGUUGCUGCUAAGAGCAGCUGCAGACACUCAGUGCAGUGCAGCAUUCAUUUAUGCUUAGACCUAUUAAGCUCUGUAUAUAGUUUGUAUAGUUGUAGAUAGAAUAAAAGAAGAUAUUCUACAGAGCUGCUCUCCGAGUUGUUUAUAUACUCUGCUAGAGUCUGCUGUACUCUGCUGUGCGACGACUGUCUUCUUGUGGAAGUGAAUCCGGUGCUCACAACUCUAAGCUGUGAGUCCACAGCACUUUGACCUGUUCCUGUGCAGAAGGUGGUCUCUGGAAGUGCUACCCAGCUCGCCUAGCCCAGUCGGGGCUGAAGUGGAUGAGUCCAGUUGGUGGCACUGGCUCAAGGGCGAUGCUGACAGUAUUGGGUGUAUUGCUUCUUCAGUUGGCAAGCAUGCAUAGUUUGUGGUUAAACUUCCCUUUUGAUUAUACCAAUUGGGAAAUGGUUGCUGAUUUGCAUUUUAUUUUUUAAAGAGCAUUAGAUAUUUCCUCCCCAAAUGUGCAUUUGUAAAGCAGGUGACUUUUCGUGUUCUUAGUCCAAGCAUAGCUGUCAACUGUCCCUUAUUUGGCGGGAAACUCCCUUAUCCCAGCGCCAUGUCCUGCUGCUGUCCCUUACUGAUGAUGUCCCUUAAAUUUCCCGGGUUUCAAAGGAAGCAGCUCCUCUCCCUCCCUCCCUGCCGGCCAGGGAGGAGGGAGGCUCCAACUGUGUUGCUUGGCUGCAUUGCUCACCCAAUAAGGCGUCUGAGAAUGACUGGGGGGUGGAGCUUGCAUGCCUUGUGCUGAUCAAACCGGCCGCGUUGCCUGGGCACUCGCCUUUGCUCAGCGCUUCCCAGCCGAGGUGACCGUGGUUUCCCUUGCUGCAUCCCCUUUGCCGGGUUGCUGCACUGUGGGAACCACCACUUGAGGCUUCGUUUGGCUGCUGGCUGGGAUUUCUGCCUUUGGCUCGGGAGCUGAUUGACUAAAAUCCCUUAUUUUGGCUGCUAAUCCCUUAUUUUCGAGGCUGCUGGUCUCUUAUUUUCAAAUCUGUAAGUUGAAAGCUAUGAGUCCAAGCCAGCAGCAGUAUUUUAAACAAAGAUAAGAUGCUGUAAUGUCAUUAAAAUUCUGCUGCUUUUUUUGUUUUGUGACCUGUGAUUGUGGAGUUUUGAAGGCUUGACAGAAUAGAAGGCAUCCAUGUUUCUCUGCGUGUUGCAUAACAGAAAUGCAUGUCUCUUGAGACUGUAUAGUAGACAACAAAAAGAGAAAUUAAACAGGCCGACUUCAGACCAUCCCUGUAGUAGGAGAAAUCUAACCUGGUUGCAUCAGAAAGCUACAUAACUUCUGCCUCUUCUUCCCUUUAUCACCCCUGCAUCUCCUCGCUCCCCAAUUGCAGUUAUGCCUGCACAUCUAUCAGGUCAAGCCUCUCUUUCAACUCGAGCAACAAAGCCGGUGUCAGCAUGAGAAAUAAACUUCUAGUAGUCCUGCAGCUGAAAUGCCACCGUUUAUUUUUAGAUUUACAGGUAAGACGGUUGUGACGCAUGGGAGAAGCCUUUCAGACCGAACAUUUCCAAAUGUGGAGUGUACUCUGAGCGUUCCGACACUGGUGCAAUUCAUGUUCCUUUAGAUUUCUGCGUGUAAUACUGCAAUCCAUUUAAUUUUUAUGUAUAUUAAAAAAAUUAAGCCAUAAACAGUGAAUUUUUUUUUUUUACUCCUCCCCUCACCCCAAUUAUUUCUCCUCUCUAAAUUUAGAUCAAUAGCCUCAGGACUGUCUGUAUUAAUAUCUUCAAGAUCCUCCUGCUGCAAGCCUACAGGUACGUGUGAUAAUUUUCAAAGCUUCAUACUAUGCAAUGCCACUGGAAGGCGCUGUGAGUUAAGAAAACGCAAUGUUUCACCUUCCAUUGUUGCCUUUUGUUGUGCAGUGACUGGUCAUUUUAAAGGUCCACACGCACUGGGGUUUCUAAACCGCUUUUAUAUAUCUCCCCACCACCACAAUGUUAAAAACACCCAGAACUUUUGACUCUGUUUUAAUGUUUCAGCAUCAGAUGACUGUUCUAUAGAUCUAGGAAAUGCAAAACAUCUGUUUUUCAUGUAGUUAUAAUUUCAGGGCCGAUGCAGUUGUAAGUUCCUCCAAACAAUCCACUAGCCUUUAGCCCUAAUUUUUAAAAUCACAGUAUAUCCUAAUUAUUGGUGAUGAUGCUCAGUGAUUAAAACUACAGUGGUACCUCGGUUUUCAAGCAGCUUGGUUCACCAACAAACUGGAACCCGAAUGCUGCAAAACCGGAAGUAGGUGUUCCGGUUUUUGAACUUUUUUCCAGAAGCUGAACAUGCUCCAUUUUGAGUCCUGAGCUUCUGUUUUUACUGUUGCGCAGCUAAUUUGCGUCCCCCCAUUGUAAUUCAAGCCUUCUGCUUCCGCGUUUCCUGUUGUGCUGCUAAUUGGGGGGGAGUGCAUUUAAUUAAAGCCUUCCAUUUCCGAUUGCAGUGUUCUGAGGUGAUAUUUGGAGCUUAUAUUUGGUCUUUUGUUUUUGCUAUAUUUUUUUGCGUAUUUUGUUUCGGAGGCUUUUUCGGUUAAUUUGUUUUUAUGACUGUGUGGAACCCAGUUCAGCUACUGAUUGAAAGAUUGAUUGUGUGACUGCAGAAAUGGAUGAAAGCCCCCCAUUCAAACAAUGACUAUCAUCAGUGAAGGGAAGAAAAAAAAUAUUUUUAUUUUUAUCAUCUACAGUAGUUUUAUUUAUUUAUAGUACAGCACAUUAUUUAUUCCUUUCAUUUUAUGGAUCAAUGGUCAUGUUAGAUAGUAAAAUUCAUAUUAAAUUGCUGUUCUAGGGGUUGUUUUUAAAAGUCUGGAACGGAUUAAUCCGUUUUGCAUUACUCUCUAUGGGGAAGCACGCCUUGAUUUUGGAACGGACUCUCGGAACGGAUUAGGUUUGAGAACCAAGGUACCACUAUAAUACAGAAGAUCAGCAUCAGAUGUAAAUUCACUUAAAUUGAAACAAAAGCAAAGGGUGCGUAGCUGCACUUGCUCAACAUUCGUGCCUUUGUUCCCCGAUGCCUCUGCCUCUUCAUCUUGUACUUCAUUAACAUUUAAAAAAAAUAUAUCUGGAACAUUAUCUAGCUGAACUUUGCCAGGACUUUGACCUGUUCUCUUUCAGCCUUGUCCUUGUGCGUUAGACUUCCUGUCUUCACUUUCUGAAGAUCUUUUAAUGGCUUUGUAAGCAUCUUUCCUCCUGCAAGGGUUUCCCCUGCCCCUGGCAAACACAUUCUUAUCGCACAGAACAUACACUUUGGUCAAGGCCAAAUGGGAACGGCUUGGGUGUCACUGGAAACCACCCGGGUUAGGUUUUUAAUCUCAGCGCCAUUUUGCUCUUCCGUGCAACAGCUGUCAAGGGCUGGGACAGAGAUUCCAGGCUGCCUGCACACUAUAAAUUUAAAGUACGUGGUUUUCCCCAAAGAAUCCUGGGUGCUGUUAAGGGUGCUGAGAAUUGCAGCUCUGUGAGGGGUAAAGUACUACAGUUCCCAGGAUUCUUGGGGGGGUGGAGUUGUGCUUUAAAUUUAUGGUGUGUACACAGCCCCCCAGACCAUGGGGAGGUCUCUUGAAAAGAAACAAAUAUGUAUAAGGCUGAACAAGGUGUCACUGUAUUUUUUCUCAAACAGCUGCCUGGUUUCAUUCUUUACAGAGCCUGUUUACAAAACGCAGACUCCUUUUACUGCUGAAUUCGGUAGAAUUUAAUUCUUCACAGAGCUGAGAUUCUGUGCAUAUUUAAGUGGGUUUUAAACCACUGAAAGCUGCUUCUUUUUUAAUUCCAGGUUUCAUGCGUGUGUCCUCCUGCUUCCUUUUAACCAACAAGUUAAAAAUAAUCCCAGCUUCUUCCUGAGGAUAAUCUCUGACACUGCCUCAUGUUGCUUCUCUCUACUAAAAGCCAAAAAUGCAGGUAGGAGAAAUAAAUGUACCAAAACCACAGCCCUUGGGGAACAGUUACUUACUGGCGUCGUUCUUCUGACUUAACGUUUCUUGCUUAGGACCAAACUAGACAUGACAUUAAGCAUCUCACUGAACGUUGCAUCCUUCUCUCUCUCUUUUUAAAACCCCUCUCUAAAUAGCCACAGGGGGCAGAAUGUAAUAGGAGAAAACUGAGAAUGUUGUGGAUAUUAGUAGAGGAUAUAUUGAUUAAAUAUUAUCCUUCCUCAGGCUAGUGAGUUAGUGGCAGAGCACAUUACCUGUAUAUCACAGGAAGCUAGUUGGUGGAUUUGUUAGAAUCUUUUGUUAAGCACUCUAGUCUGGCUUGUCCAGAUUGGAUUGUUGCUGGUAAAUUCCCCUUUAAUUCCCUCUUAAAAACAAUAAUGACACAAUAGUCUUCUUUUAAGAAUAAGAAGAAGUUUACUUACCUUCAGUUCACAGUUGAAUCCCUGAAGGCAGGCUUUAGCUUGUAGCUACAGAAGAAAGUGUGAGAUCAUCCCACGUGGGGAAUGAGCCCAUGUGCUGCUGGCUGAGAUCCAGCAGACAGCAAAAGAGCAUCAAGAAGAGUCAAGAGAGAGAAGGGAAGAUGGCUGUGUGACUGCCCCUUUCGUAGGGUCUGCCAGGGUCACGCCCAUCUACCUGGUCACACGCAGGAGGAGGAUGCUCCAGACCAGGCGAGACAGGAAGUCCUCCUGGCUGGAGCAACAUUCCCCUGCAUGUCCACUCUAGGCAAACAGGAAACAUUAUACUUGACUGUAACGGUGAUGUUACAUCCCACGAGAAGUGUGACGUUAAAGGCAGACCAGUUGAAUGCUUUCAUCCUGUUUUCACAAGCUGCUGUUCUGGUUGGGCUGCGGGGAGGAGCCUCAUUUGCUGCCCCACUUCCUUUGCCCAAACUGUUGGACUGCAAGUCCCAUCAGCCCCAGCCAUCAUGACCUAUGGCCAGGGUCAAUGCGGGUGACAAUCCCCACAGUAUCUGGGUGGCACCAGGGCAGAUAUGACGGAUGCUAAGGAUGUGCUUUUUCCUCACACACACAUUUUAAUUGCCUGGCGCCUCUUUUACUCAGUCCUUUUAACUGACGAUGGUAGCAAUUGAAUCUAGGGAAUUGUAUCUGCAAUUAAGUCUUCUUCAAAUUCAAGUCACUUUUUGAGAGUGGUAGAGCAGGCAAGAUGUUGAAGAGGAAGGGAUCUGUGUGAGAGACAGAUUAGAGUAGUUUUUCUUAAGGUGUGAGGCUGAGAAAGGUGGAAUCUACCCCUGGGGAGUAGAUAGGCACUGAGCGGAUGGCAGUGAUCAGGUAGACAUUGACAUUGUUCACCAGAGGCGGGUAUCAGUUUUGAAGAUUAAAAUAGAAGGCUGACAGAAUAAUUUGUGUGUGUGUGUGUGUUUGGUUUGGUUUUCUUUUUCCUUCACUCUUUUUGAUUCUUUUUUUCUUACUCUUUUUAUUUUAUUUUUUUUAAGAUAUUAAAUCUGCUUGUUUUUGUUGUAUUAUAUGUUGAAAACUUAAUAAAAUUGAUUAUUAAAAAAAGAAUAUAAAAUCUCUUCACCAAACAAGCUCAAGUCUUUCCUUCUUGCUUUGUGCCUAGAUAUACCUUUUUCUCCUGCUGGUGGUUCAGCACUGCUCACAUACAAAGCUGUGCAAUGGCUCUGCUAUCGUGCCUUCAGUGUGAAAUUAGGAAAUCACAGAGUUAUUUACAAAUGUCUUCUUGUACCACUCCAACAAUGUAAGUACCUCUCCGCUUCAUGCCAAGACAUGCAAAUGCUGUUCAUGUCUCUUAAUUUUCCUUUCCAACUAAAAACUAUUAAGUUUAUUGAAGUGACUCUUUAAUUUAGUUUCUGUUAUCAUUAUUCUUGACAAUGUGGGGGUGGGAGUAGGGAAUAACUACGGUUGCUUUUGAGAAAUUAGGAUAUUGUUGGGUAGGAAAAUGCUAGUACAGGUGACUCUCAACUUACGCAGGCGUUAUGUUCUGGUUAUAGCGCAUAAAUCAUGUAUAGUCAAAACACAUUGGGUUCAACGGCGAGUGGGACUGCCAAAGUCUCUCCCCACGCCCACCCCCCGAAUGCCCGUCCCCUUUUUAAAAAAAAUGUAAAUGUGAAGCUGAAUGCACUAAGUUGCAAGUUUUCUGAAGAAGCCUAAUGUCUUCUAAGUCAUUUGAAAUAUUUAUAGAUACAAUUAUAGUGCCUUAAAGAUAUGUGAAUUUUAUGAUGUCAAGCUGAUACUGCUCUGAUUGGGGCAACUGCUCUGAUUGGGGCAUCUUAUCUGUAUAGUCACUGGCAUAGUGCUUGCAAUAAAAGCUAAUCUGUUACAUGUAUUUGAGAUUCUCGAGGGCAUUGAACUAUUUUUAAAGAGCCUUGUUGCAGAUUUGAGCCAUAUAAUUCCUUUAUAUAUAUAUUAGAGAUGGGCAAGUUUAUGGUCAAACUACGAAACUUUCUCCCCCAGUAGGCAGUGAUGGUCUCCAACUUGGUUGUCUUUAAAAGAGGAUUAGACAAAUUUAUGGGGGAGGAGAUGGGUACUAGCCGUUAUGACUAUUGCUCUCCCUCCACUGUGGGAGGCAGCACUGCUUCCAAAUACUGGAAACCACGGGGGGAGGGUGCGUGAAGCAGCUAGGAAGCCUGCUCCCCAUCACGUGCAGUUUCAAAAUGUCCUUGGGAGUGCAGGGAUGGGGUGUGCCAAUGUGCCAUGCAGCCUAGAGGCAUUGCAUUGGCAAAAAAUGGCCGCCCUCAUUUUAAAAGACAGCCUGCGGACCACCCAAUAGCCCUGUUUGGAAUGAUUUGUCUAUCGGAGCAGCGAUUGGUUGAUUUUAGCAUUCAUCUUUUCAGGUGAAAUACGGUUGCUCCGGCAAAUUCCAGAAGCUUCUGUACAGCUCCUGAAGGAAGUGACAGAACCACCACUAUAUGAAGAUUUCAGAGCCAUUCUGGAUUGAUAGAUGUGGUCCUAUUGUAAGUAAACUGAUUUAUUUUUCCUUUAAAAAAGAAAAAUAAAUAAAUAGCUAAGUCAGCCUCCUGAAUCUCAAAGCAGGAAAAGUGUAGUAAUUUGGUGCCUGAAAGUACGCUUAGUGCCAUGAAUACAAGAGCUCAAAGCAAUGUUUUCAAAGUAUUUUAUCAGCAAAGUAAGUAAUGGGAUAUGCUCCAUUUUUAGUUCUAUUUUUUACUGUGUAAAAAAUUCACUUAACCUGGAAUUGUCAGGGGGAAAUAUAUUUGUCUGUAAUCCAACAAUGGUGAGAUGCCUAUUCUGGUAUCUUGCCUAAAAAAUGAUCUAUGGCUGCAAGUUUCUGUGUUCCAUUCACUAAACCUUUUAAAUUGCUUUUAAAAAUGUGACUUCUGUUUUAAAAACUCAGUAGCACAUUAUUUUAUAAUUGUGGCUGUCAGAACCAUGUGGUUUUCCUUAAACCUUGCUAAGUAAUCCUCAAAUUAUUUGCAUGUUCAAGACUAUUAUUGUACUGCACAUGGCCUUUCAGCAAAAACAGUUGUUGUAUCUUUCUUGGUAAUAGCCCAUUUACUUGGUAAGACUCAGAUCUCCAAUUUAGAAAAUACAACUUGUGCCUUAAUGGAUUGUGUCUUCUAAAUUCCAGUUAUUAUUUAUAUAUCUCAAUCUGUCAUAAGGGUAGUGCCUGAAAAGAUCCUUACUGUGGAAUUACCAUGUUCUGUCUACUUAUGUUUUGGAGGGUGUCCACCUAUAAUAUCAUCAUUUUGUAAUCAGCCCCUAGCAGUUUCCCCCUUUCUAAAUCUCAUGCACUGAAUGGCCUUAGGCAAAGCACUUUCUUUCAGUUUCAGCCCCCACACCUGCAAUAUAGGGAUAAGAAUGUGGACCUGCCUUAUAUGGUUGGCAUAGUAAGACUUACUAGAUAAUUUAUGUGUUAUGUAUUAUGAACAUUCUUGAGUGCUAUAUAUAAAGAUGCAUUUAUUUAGAAAAUGGUUUUACGUAGAAAUCCUUACAUUCUUACUGAUUGAAUACCUUAAAUCUGAGGAUACAUGUGUGGGGUUUUUUAAUGGUCAGGAUAGGAUGGGGGAAACAAGGGUGACCAGAUUGCUGAAACAAAAGAAGAUCAGGUGCUACUGGUGAUACCAGUGCUGCUGUCUGGAUGUAUUUUUCGUAGCAGUUUCUUUUUCAACACAAUUCUCCAAAGUUGAUAAAUGGCUCCGAAAGGGAUCAUCAAGCAUGGUACAGUUUCAAGCAUCUCAGAGAUGACAGCAGCUAAGAUAGGAUACUUUUUCGACUCUUUUGCAGGAAAAUGUACCUUUGGGAGAAACAAAUGUAUUGCGUGAAAGCCACAUUAAACAGCACAAUCUUCUAUGCAUUUACGCAGAAGUAAAUACCAUCAGGUUAUAUGGGUUGCUCCCAGGUAAGUGAGGACAGGAAUUACAGCUUGUUAAUACUUCAAAGUGGGAGCUAAGCAAAGGUUGGCAAUAUUCCAAAAGGGAAAGGGUUGCAUGCAGUGUAGGGCUAAGACUAUGGCUUCAUCAGCACAAGGAUGUCUCCCCAUAUGAUGGGAUGUUCUCCCUUUCUCCUCCCCUUAUGCACCCCGAGCAAAUUUUGGGGUGCCAUGGGAGGAGGAGAGGGGAAGAAAGUCCCAUUGUGCCAGUGGCAAUCCUCUGUGUGUUACCGUAUUUUUCGCCCUAUAGGACGCACCGGCCCAUAGGACGCACCUAGAUUUUGGGGGGGGAAAUAAAGGGAAAAAAAUUUAUUUCCCCCCGCAGGCGUGGGGCUGGGGCGGGGGAAGCCCGAGCUUCCCCCUCCCCCAGCCCCCAGAACGGGACCCAGAGUGAUGCUGAAGCUGCGUGCAGCUUUGGCAUCGCUCUGGGAGCUUGCGGGGCUGGAGGAGGGGGAAGUCCUCCGCCAGCCUUCUAACCAAGUCGGGGGACAGCGGGAAAGGCGUGCUGCGCCUCCCCGCUGUCCCCCGAGCUUGUGGGGCUGGCGGUGGGGCUCUCCUGAAGCCUGGAGAGCGAGAGGGGUCGGUGCGCACCGACCCCUCUCGCUCUCCAGGCUUCAGCGAAAGCCUGCAUUCGCCCCAUAGGACGCACACACAUUUCCCCUUCAUUUUUGGAGGGGAAAAAGUGCGUCCUAUAGGGCGAAAAAUACGGUAUAUCUGGGACUGGUCAGUGUCUCAAUGGUUGACUAGCUAGGAACCACAUGGAGGCGACCUUGAGUUCCAUAAGUAAAUACAGAAAUUGCAGCUGAUGCCCUGUUAUGAUAGGUUGUUGUUGGCAUCCAUCUGUCUUGGGAGACAGUGGAAGAGUUUGCAGGUAAAGCCAAAUCUUUAGAAAGGAAUUCUGUGCUUAAGCAGAGCAUCUUUAUCAAUUCAGGAAUUCAUAGCAGCAAUAUUGGAGUGAGAGCUCAAUCCUCCCCCCCCCCCAAUGAAUGCAAAUUAGGAAAAGACUAGUAAUGACUUGUAGAAAAGUAACUUACGUAAUUUGGGUUCCACGUAUUGUAGGUUGCAGGUGGUUCAAGAAGUACGUAGAACACAAAAAUUAGGAACAUUAUCGCUGGGGAGAAAAAUUGCCACGUUGCCUUCCAGUAGCCUUUUAGUGGUCUUCCUGUCAUCUCUUCCACAUCUGCACUGAAUCUGUUAAUGAAAUGGAUACAUUUAAUGAGUGAUCUGUGGACAAUUCACUUGCAUACAACCUUAUUAAAAAUGAAGCCAGCUAAACUUCUGUUUCUCCUCUGACCGCAUGCCUGCUCAUCACUUGGUGAAUGCAGGAACAAGUAGAGCAGCUACAUAAGCAUCACUCAAAAUAGGGAAAUGCAAACAAAAGAGGAUUUAGGCUUGCAUAAAACGUUUAUGUACUAAUUUAGAAAUGAUUUCUGUGACUGAAAUAGAAAUGUAUUACAUGUCUCCAUAGUGGGGAAGACUGAUCAGCUAGCCUGUUCCAUCUCCUUUCCAGGUGUUAACUUUGAAGCCCCUGCUCUCCCUGCCUAGAGUUCUUCAUCUUCUAAACCAGAGGGAUUUUAAAAUCAAGGACUACCUCAAAUAGAGAUCUAUCCUCUCUGAGAGCUGCUUGGGCUGUUAAGUAGCCCUCCCCCCCCCCCAAAAAAAAUUCGCUGCCGCCCCAACAUCAAAUGAUCACUUGCACAAAUGAAUUAAAUACAACAGGAAACCUUUAUCCUAUUGCAAAUUGUGGGGUGUAUAUCCCCAAAUUAUGCAUAAGGCUGCAAACCUUAGCUGGGGUCUUAUUCCCACUGUAUGCAAUGGAAUUUAUUUCUGAGCAGGGGUACAUGGUUUAUACUUCAAAUACAAUAAACAGGUAUCACUUGCUGCACCUAGGCCAGUAAGAGAUCUGGCAGACCCCCUCACUUUUGACUUUCCUGCUUCUCCUAAAGAUCAGGCCUUCGUUGCUGUUUAAUAUUUAAUGUUUGUUUGUUUUUGUUCUGCAACUCUUUAUUAUCCAUACAUUAAAGACAAAUCUUCCAAUUCAGCACAUUCCACCAGUUUUAAUAACCAUUCUGAUCUGGUGGGAACCUUAUCACUCAUUGCUGUUUAAUGUUUUGAUUAGCUAUCCACUUCCAUAAUUAUUUGUACUGUUUGCAAUUGUAUUUUUAACAUAAAUGUUGCGCAUCACCCCAGUGUUUUAUUUGGCGGUACAGAAAUGCUUUUCUAAAUAAAUA